CCAUGACACUGACGCUGCGGGUGAGGCUUCAGGAGACGCCAACACUCCUUCUGUACCAGCAGGAGAAUACCUCCGUCUGCACCCUCGACGCCGUGGCCCAGGAAUACAUAAAAGAGUGGGACACCUACACAGAGAAGCGUGAAGGUCAGACAGUUAGGAAGAGAGAGGUCACCUGCCAGACUCUCCUUAAGUACUACGUCGACAAGACUACCCAGAAAUCUGCCGUCCAGUUUAAGGACACGGGCAGCUGGGCAACACAGUGGGAUAUGUAUGACGAAUAUGAGAAGAUAAAGAUGACAGUUCGUCCCAGAAGACAAUCCGACAUCGCAACGAGGAGAAGAUCACAACCCACACUACGUUAUUAUACCGGAGAUCUCACAGCUCCUAGUGAACUCACGGUGUGA